CAGUGUCGUGAUUGGUUUUGCCCCGUACACGUGGAUACGAUUUUUGGUUAGUUUUUUUCGGUGCUCCGGAAGGAUAUCGCCGCUCGUUGGAUCAUUUGCCUCGAGGAAUUGCUUUCGGUGAAAGGAAUUUCUCGACUUAGGCUAGGAUGUCACAUCACAGCGACGAUAACAUGCUGAUAGCAACCUCGGACUCCUUCUGGGAGCCGGGUAACUACAAACGAACGACCAAAAGGAUCGAGGACGGCCAAAAGCUCUGCGACAGUUUAAUAGCUCUGGUUCAAGAGAGGGCGGAGAUCGAGAAGAGUUACGCGAAAGCGUUGAAAAAUUGGUCGAAGAAUUGGAACGACAAGAUCGAGAAAGGCCCCGAAUACGGAACCACAGAGGCGGCGUGGAAAGGCGUUCUCGUUGAAUCGGACAGGUUAUGCGAUCUUCAUCUCAGGGUCAAAGAGAAUCUCUGCAACGACAUCAUACAGCAAGUGAAGACGUGGCAGAAGGACACUUAUCACAAGUCGAUGAUGACCCUGAAGGAGCGGAAAGAGAUGGAAGACGCGUUCAAAAAGGCGCAGAAACCGUGGGUGAAGCUUUUACAGAAGGUUGAAAAAGCGAAGUCAGAAUACCACAACAGCUGCAAAACCGAACGAACCGCCGCGAAUAUGGAGAGGAACGCCUCCGCGGACAGUUCGCUUUCGCCAGACCAGAUGGCCCGAGGCUCUGAAAACGUGAAGAAAAUGCAGGACAGAGUGCAAAAAACGAAGGAAGAAGUGCAGAAGGCCAAGGAGAAAUACGAGGCUACCCUGCAAGAAAUUAACCAAUACAACCCAAAAUACAUGGAGGACAUGACUCAGGUGUUCGAGAAGUGUCAAGAAAUGGAGGCGCAGCGGCUUCAGUUCUUCAAGGAGGUUCUAUUUGGCAUUCACAAGUGCCUAAAUAUAUCUCAGGAUCCAAUACUUCCACAAAUAUACGAAGAAUUCUAUCACACAAUCAACAACGCAGACCAUGAAAAGGAUCUGAAAUGGUGGUCGAAUAAUCACGGUGUGAAUAUGGCGAUGAAUUGGCCGCAGUUCGAGGACUACACAGAGGAAUUCCGUGACAUCACCAAGGGCUCGAAGUCCAAGGAGGCACUUCCGGCUGGCUCCAUCACGCUGAUCAAUCAACGCCCGGUCGGCGAGGAUCUGCAUGAAUUCCCACCAGUUAAUAAUAAAUCCAAGUCAAAGCCCAGUUCCCGGGUGAUAUCAACAGAUGAGAGUCAUGGAGAUAGCAAAACUGAUACAAUUAGUUCCAGCAAACAUUCUACAGAAAAGAAUAACCAUGAUGGCAAUUCUGUGAACAGAACGUCUACAAUUACUAAUGGUACAAAUGCUAAACAAGAAUCAAAUCCGUUUGAAGAAGAAGAAUGGGAUGAAGAUGGCGGUGAACCAUUAGUAGAUAAUGGAGAACCCGGUGUUCCUGUACGUGCGUUAUACGACUAUGAAGGAGCAGAAGCAGACGAGCUUAGCUUUAAACAAGGUGAUAUAUUUGAAAAAUUAGAAGACGAAGAUGAACAAGGAUGGUGUAAAGGAAGAAAAGAUGGAAGAGUAGGUUUGUAUCCUGCAAACUAUGUAGACCUUGUGUCUCAGUAAAUCACCAUGUGAAGCCAAAUUUCAUGAACACUGUUAGUUACUUAACACAUAAAGUGUAUGAAAAAAGAAACGAAAUUUUUAUUUUCUUGUUUAUUUCUCAGUGAAAUAGCGCCUUCUUAAAAUUUGUAAAUGUUGUUAGGUAAGAGUUACAUAAGACUAUACUAGAGGUCAAUCAUUUUAUGUGAUAUAAGAUGAUCACUAAAAAUAAUGAAUAUUAUAGUUCGAUGUAACAACUAAAUGAUACAAGUUUUACAAUUGAAAAUGUAACAGGCGUCAAGAAUGAUAUGAAACUGUGUGCAACCAUUUUGGUUCUUUUUCUCAGAUCAAUGUAGCUCAUUGCGAAUAGCACUUGCAAAGAAACAUUUACCCCGAUGGGUAAUAGUUUUCUGUAGGUAGGUAGGAUUAUCUGUAUCCAUCUAAUAGUUAGUACUAGACAAUAAGAUGGAUAAUA